GUCCCUGCUGCGGGAGUAUGUGAGUGGGAGGGAAACCCCGUGGAUCGCACGGGAACGCGGCAGUUGAACGGUGGAACCGGAGAUUGACCCAGCACUCUCACACACAGAAUCAAGCAGCCAUGGACAAGAGCCAACAUGUGCAGAGGGCCAAACUGGCUGAGCAGGCCGAACGCUACGAUGACAUGGCCGCCUCCAUGAAGGAAGUGACGGAGCAUGGAGAGGAACUGACCGACGAGGAGAGGAACCUGCUCUCUGUGGCCUACAAGAAUGUUGUGGGUGCUCGCCGGUCCGCCUGGAGGGUGGUGUCCAGCAUUGAGCAGAAGACUGAAGGCAGCGACAAACAGCAGAUGGCUAAAGAGUACCGGGAAAAGAUUGAGACAGAGCUGAAGGCCAUCUGCAAAGACGUGCUGCAUCUCCUGGACAAGUUUCUGGUCCGCAAAACUUCUCCGGCAGAGAGCCAGGUGUUCUACCUGAAGAUGAAGGGAGACUAUUACCGCUAUCUGGCAGAGGUCGCCACAGGAGAAGAGAAAACCAAUAUCAUCCAGAAGUCUCAGGAAGGGUACCAGGCUGCUUUUGACAUCAGUAAAGACAACAUGCAGUCCACUCAUCCCAUCCGCCUGGGCCUGGCCCUCAACUUCUCUGUCUUCUACUACGAGAUCCUAAACUCACCAGAGAAGGCCUGCGAACUGGCCAAGAAGGCUUUUGAUGAUGCCAUUGCUGAGCUGGACCAGUUAACCGAGGAUUCGUAUAAAGACAGCACAUUGAUCAUGCAGUUACUAAGAGACAAUCUGACACUGUGGACCUCUGACAAUCAGGCUGAUGGUGAGGACACAGAGGAGGGACGAGAAAACUAAAGCCAACUCUACAGUGAACCUUUCAGUCAGCACAGCAAGAGAGCGAGAGAGGAUGCUGACGCUUUACAGUUCCAGCUUCAUACUCACCAGCCCGUCGUUUAUAUGUGUGUUUGGCAAUGAGAGUGUGAAGAAAAGACUGUUUCAUGACUGUGUUUGUGUACAUGUGUGUUUGUUUGGGGGGCAAACAGCAGCUGUUUGUUUAUUAAACAUGAUGUGGUGGACACACAUUGUAGUUUGUUGGCUUUAUGUGAGCUUGUACAUAAGGUGGCUGGCAUGCUUUUGCAUCACUUAUGUAAGUCACCAUGAAGCCAAUGUGACAGCGUCAUCGAACUUUGUUGUAAAUGCAUAUGUGAGCGAGCGAGAGAGUAUGAACCCAAUUUUGAGUUUUGCUAGGGGAGCGUAUAUUUAUCAGGUUUCUUGUGGCUUAGAAUAAAUUCUUCAUUUUCCUAAAGAAUCAAAGGAAACUAACCAAAAAGUCAGUAUGAAAGGAUAAUUGGCAGAUUGGGCUUGUGGAUGACAUUCUACUUCAGUUUUCAAGUGUUCGAAUUCCCAUCUGUGAAUAAUGUAAAAUCUGUCCAUGUCAUCCACAGACCUAAGAUCAAAAAGACUUGACACAUGGCUUAUACUGUAACUUUGAUAUAUACACUUAUUAACAAGAAGUCAUGCUUUUCAUGUGCUUAUCUGAUUAAUACUGUUUUCUAUUAGGAUCAUUUUGUUUUAUUUGUACUACUACUACUACUUUCUAAAUCUGUUUAGUUUCUGUUUUUUGUUUACUCUUUUGAUACUUGCUAAAAUGCAUGUGGCUUUAAUUAAUCAGGGUUGACUGGAGUUGGCUUAUCGGGCUGCUUAGAAGCUGUCUUUGGAAUUUUCAUACAGAACACUCAGCAUUAUUGUUAUUUGUUACCGAGGGUGGGAGAAGGGAUCUGGAUUUCAUGUUAGUGGAAUAAAAAAAAAAAAAAGAUAAAAAACAAA